CCCCCCUAAAAAGGAUAAACCCUCACAAGUCAUAACCUGCACUGAUCGAAUCCCAAAAAAUCAGACAGAAACACAGCAGAAAACAGCACAAUGGGUCAUGAGGGAGCAGGAGGUGAGGAGUACCUGUUCAAGAUAGUCCUAAUUGGGGAUUCUGCAGUGGGGAAAUCGAACCUGCUGUCUCGUUUUGCAAGAAAUGAGUUUGAUAGCAACUCAAAGGCUACAAUUGGGGUUGAAUUCCAGACCCAAGUAGUGGACAUUGAUGGGAAAGAAGUGAAGGCUCAGAUCUGGGACACGGCUGGUCAAGAGAGGUUUAGGGCUGUUACUUCUGCCUACUAUAGAGGUGCUGUUGGUGCGCUUAUUGUUUAUGAUAUCACCAGGAAGACUAGCUUUGAUAGCAUCAAAAGAUGGCUCGAUGAGCUCACCACUCACUGUGACACUGCAAUGAUAAAAAUGCUGGUAGGGAACAAAUGUGACUUGGAGAAUAUUAGAGAUGUGAGCGUGGAGGAGGGCCAAAGCCUAGCAGAAGAGGAAGGAUUGUUCUUCAUCGAGACGUCUGCCCUUGACGCAACUAAUGUUCAAACAGCUUUUGAGAUUGUUAUCAGGGAGAUACACAACAAUAUCAGCAAGAAAGUUAUAAAUUCGGAUGCACACAAAGCCGAGUUGCCGGGCAGUCGAGUAAGCCUGAUGAAUGGAGACAACUCAAAGAGAAGUUUCUCUUGCUGUUCUAUAUGAUCUAUUUUCAUGCACUUACUGAGCCUGCAUUUUUUGGGAAUACCAUGCUUUUAUCUGAAUUUGCUUAAAAUGUUUGUUUCCCUCUAUCGGUGCAUCCAAAAUACUUUACCAGUCAGCUUCAAAAAUGAAAAAUCUAUCUUUAUACCAA